GAGGAUAUGGAAGAGAAUGAUACAGUUGGACGAAUAACCCAAGAAGAGGGGGGCAAAUCGACAAAAACAGAUUGGCAGCUUCUGUGUAGCCUCUUGCGCUUAGCCCAGUGGCCUGGACCCAUCGCAGUGCUCGUGUUCGCAGCAGGGGCGUGCGCUUUCGCUUUCGAGCAGAUCUGGAUCAAGGAGUGGACGGACACAGCGGCACACGCGGACGCCGCGUCUGGAGCGGAAGAUCAGCUUUGGGUUCAAGUCCUCGUGUCUAUGUGCAUCGCAGACGUGGCCUUACGCAUGGUGGGGAGCUUUCUGCUGAGCAUGUCGGCGCAGAGGAUGUCUCGCUCGCUGCACAGUGAAAUGCUGGACCACGUGCUGCACAGUCCGGUGUCCUUCUUCGACGCCUCCCCGCAGGGGAGGAUAGUGAACCGCUUCUCGGCUGACAUCGACAGUAUCGACUCAAGAACGUUUCUAAGCGCCAAGCAAAGCGUUCAGAACAUUCUCAUUACACUCGCCAAGAUAGCUGUCAUCGGAACCCAGUCGCCCGUGGUGCUGGGCGUCACAGCAGUGGUCACCGUACUGGCCGGAUACGGAAUGAAUCUGGCCGUCAAAGCUUCGCACAGUUGCCGUUACUACGAGAGCGUGGCGACGUCGCGCUUGCUGCAGCACGUCUCCGAGACCAUCGAUGCACUGAGCAGCGUCAGAGCGUACGGCGCGACCGACCGAUUCCGGCGACACUUCUGCCGCCUGACGGACAACACGAUGCGGGGAUUGGCGAGCUUCAGCGCCACCUAUCGAUUCACGCGCAUGCUCACUUCGGUCGCUGGAUUUGUGGUCGUCGUGUGUACGCUCCUGGCCAACACCGUGUUCGCCGGACCCGACAAACCAGACCCGAGCAGCCUCGGCCUGGCGUUGAGCUCGGCUACCUCGGUUCCACUUUCGUUGAUGUCACUGUGCGUGAUGCUGUUCAACGUACUGCAAAUGAUCGUGUCCUUCGAGCGUUGCGUCGAGUACAGUGAACUUCCGCCAGAGGAGGAUGUUUCAUCUACGCUGACUGAAGAAGCGAAAGCUGCAGUUGAUGAUGAACUCUCGAGUUGGCCAAGCGAAGGCAGGGUAGAGUUCCAGAACUAUUCCGCCUCCUACCGUCCCGGCAUACUACCCAACGUCCUCACCAAUGUCACCUUUGCGGUCAAUCCCAGCGAAAAGAUCGGUGUUGUCGGACGCACAGGGGCGGGCAAGUCAUCCCUAGUGCUCGCUCUACUGCGCAUGCUCAGAGCAUCAGAGGGCCGCAUCAUGAUCGACAACGUGGACAUAACUGGAGUGCCGCUCCGGAAACUGCGUCGAAUCAUCACCGUCAUACCUCAGGACCCGAGCCUCGUGAGGGGAACGUUGCGCAUGAACCUGGAUCCUACGGACUCGCACUCGGACAACGAAAUAUGGGAUUGCGUGGAGAGAGCCCACUUGGCGAAGGUCGUCUCGAACGAUCCCAGAGGACUGCUGCUUGAGACGGCCGACGGCGGCAGCAACCUGAGGCAAGUAAUUUAACGAAAAGCAUAGUCUCAGUGCGCCGAUAUGUGAAGACAAAAACCCUCUUGGUAGCAUCGCUAGCGGCUUCGACACAAUGAUUUUGCUUCUUCUUGUCGCGCUUUUACGGUCGAUAGUACUUGUCAAUCGU